AGAGAUUAAUUCUUCAGGGUUGCGGUUUAAAAGUAAUACCUAGCGAAGCCUUGAAGCCUUUGAGCAAACUUAUGACUUUAAACAUCGGCAACAACUUUAUAACAACUUUAACUUCCGACGCAUUUCCUCUGAUGGAUAAUUUGGUUGUGCUGUUAAUGAAACGCAACCAAAUUACGUAUAUAGCCGAAGAUGCCUUCACCAACGUAACUUCAUUACGAGUAUUAGAACUGGACGAUAACUUCCUGACACAAAUACCCGCUGCAAUCGCAAAGCUGUCCGACCUGCAAGAAUUCUCGAUAUCUGGUAACCGCAUCAAGUAUAUUGGAGGAGGGUUGUUGCAGAAAACUCCCGCUCUUGCCCUUUUAGAACUCAAAGGGAAUCCUUUGGUUGGAGUUGACGCCCACGCUUUCUCCUUUCUUCCACGACUACGUAAACUAAUCCUUUCGGAUGCCAGGGAACUAUCCACGUUUCCGAAUCUCAACGGAACCAGUGCCCUGGAAAUAUUGAGAUUGGACAGGGCGGGAAUAACGUCAGUGCCGGAAUCGUUAUGUAUCACUUGUCCACGCUUAAAAAGUUUAGACUUGAAAUCCAACAAACUGAAUGUAGUCCCAGAUCUGAAUAAAUGUAAAGAUAUGAGGGUACUAGAUCUAGCUAGUAACAGUAUCAAAAGUAUUGAAGGAAAACCAUUUAGAGGAAUGUAUCUAAUGCAUGAUUUACUUUUGGCUCACAAUUUAAUCGAGUACAUACCACAGGAUGCUUUUUAUAAUUUAUCGAAGCUACAAGUUCUAGAUCUCGAAGAUAACAAAAUAUCUUACAUUCAUCCGGAUUCAUUCAUGUCUAUUUCAAAAAUUGAAGAUUUGAAUUUGGGAAAUAAUAUUUUUCCCCAUCUCCCAUCGGCGGGUUUAGAACGACUUUUACAUUUAAAAACAUUCAACAACCCUUAUCUUCGAGAGUUUCCACCUCCGGCUGACUUUCCUCGAAUUCAAACAUUGAUACUCGCUUACGCCUAUCAUUGUUGUGCCUUUUUACCGCUCAUACCAUCCAAUCCACCGCCCGCCAAAGCGAAAGAUAUCAUAGUAUUCCCAGACAUCGAAGACAUCGACAUUAAUUUUUGGAAUAGCUCUGUAGAUCUAUGGCCGUCACAACAAAAUAUUACUCAAAAGUUUGGAAAGAAAUUUAGUGAAAUGUGGGAAAACAUUCGAUCAGAUUUCACUUAUCCUGGCAACUUUCCAUCGUACAUUGAAGAAUACGCCGCCGAAGAUGAUCCCUCGCUUCGUAUCCCAGGAGAAAUAAAUACUGGACAACCGGGAAAAAUUCAAUGUUUGCCUUUACCUGGACCUUUUUUACCUUGCCAAGACCUUUUCGAUUGGUGGACGUUGAGAUGUGGUGUAUGGAUUGUAUUCUUAUGUGCAAUGUUAGGAAAUGGAACUGUGGUAUUUGUAUUGAUAUUUUCCAGAAGCAAAAUGGACGUUCCUAGAUUUUUAGUUUGCAAUUUGGCUGCUGCGGAUUUUUUCAUGGGAAUAUACUUGGGGUUUUUAGCAGUGGUGGACGCAUCGACGUUGGGCGAAUUCCGCAUGUACGCCAUACCGUGGCAAAUGUCGGCGGCCUGCCAACUCUCCGGUUUCUUGGGAGUUCUUAGCUCGGAGUUAUCGGUGUGGACUUUAGCGGUGAUUACCCUAGAACGGAACUACGCUAUAACGCACGCUAUGCAUUUAAAUAAACGCCUAUCGUUGAAACACGCCGGAUACAUCAUGAUAUUCGGUUGGAGUUUCGCUAUCGUGAUGGCUAUAAUGCCGAUUUUCAACAUUUCCGAUUACAGAAAAUUCGCGGUGUGUCUCCCGUUCGAAACAAGUGAUAGCGUUAGUUUAGCUUACGUGGUGUUUUUGAUGUUCAUAAAUGGUAUAGCUUUUUUAAUAUUGAUGGGAUGUUAUUUAAAAAUGUACUGCGCUAUUAGAGGUUCGCAAGCGUGGAAUUCUAAUGAUUCGCGUAUAGCCAAACGCAUGGCGCUAUUAGUUUUCACGGAUUUUUUAUGCUGGUCGCCUAUAGCGUUUUUUUCCUUAACAGCAGCGUUCGGACUGCAACUUAUCUCAUUAGAGCAAGCCAAAGUAUUUACGGUUUUCAUACUACCGUUAAAUUCGUGUUGCAAUCCUUUUCUAUACGCUAUUUUAACAAAACAGUUUAAAAAGGAUUGCGUUAUGAUAUGUAAAGCUAUAGAGGAAAGUAGAGUUACUAGAGGUAUCGGUAGAUGUAGGCACAGUUCGAAUUUCAGUAACAGACAGACCCCAGCAAAUACUAAUAGCUUAGCCGAUCGAUCUUCUAGAGAAAAACAAGAACAUCACAUUCCGCAAUGUACGUGUAAUGCAAAGCUACUUGGCGAUAAUCAAAAUCAACCCAAAACUAAAAAAGAUAGAAAAACGACGACGAGAGAAUGGUUACUUAAUAAAGCAAGGUGGUUGUUGUGUGUUAGAAGACCGACCAGGCAUCGACCCAGGGAUGAUCAAUACACUUAUCAGAUAGCUGAAAUACAACAGAAACAACAUAAGAGAGCGUCGUCGGUAUCGUCAAGUGAAAACUUCAGUUCUUCGAGAUCUGAUUCGUGGCGACACAAUCAUCAUUGUGGUAUACCACUCCGCCUUCUGGAUCCGAAAAGACGAGCUUCCUCCUGGCUAAUUACCCGAAAAACUUCGCAAGAUUCAAAUUUAUCCAGCUCGAGAAACGAUUCAUCUGGAUCGGCUACAACAGCCAGUACUAGUACUUGGCGCAUAUCUAGAUCGAGUAAUUCUAGUGACCCUCCAAGAGGCAGGGUAAAACCUCGAUUGACACGUCAAUGUGCUAUACAAGACGAAUCCGAACCACCAGGUUCACCAGGAAGACUGACAGUAAGAUUUCUCACCACCAUUCCUUCAGCAGCUGAAAACAGCAUGCAAUUAGAAGAUGAACAACCUUCGGUAUUAAUAAAUCCUAGUCCUACAAUUCUAGUUAGUCCUGCCAAAGAACGCGAAGGACCUCUUUAUGCUAUACUGCAUUCGACGCCAGUAGCACCGGUCAGACGGCAAUCCAUCGUUACACUACAUCCCCUAGAAAGUAUCAGAGAUUCCCAGGAGAACGAGAAACUCACUCAGAAUAAUUCUAGUCAAGCGAAUAGCAGCAAUUCGAUAAACAACAAUAAUUUUAGAUAAUAGUCUGUUUCGUAGGUAGCUUCUUACCAAAUGACACAUCCCAGGUUAUGAAGCACUAUUUUGAAAAGCUUAGAAAGAUUUCAGAAGCAUUAUCAAUGUGUCCUUGAAGACUAUAGUGCUUAUUAUUUUCUUUUCUGUAUUCAAAUAUUCUUAAGGGGAUCAGUUUGCUUGUUAGAUUGACUAGUUUAAUUUGACAAACUGGUUUUCAAUUAACUUAGGUCGCAACUCCUUAAUUGAGAAGGAAGUUAACUAAACUAAAGGUCAAAAUACCACAUAACUUCUUCAAACAGUUCGU